GUGGGUCUCCGCCCUUGUUUGUGGGCCAUGGAGAGAGACUGUGGAGCUGUAGUGUCUGUGUUGUAAGAAUUCCUGGGGCGGCGGCUAUGGAGGCCGUGCUGAACGAGCUGGUGUCUGUGGACGACCUGCUGAAAUUUGAAAAAAAAUUUCAGUCCGAGGAAGCAGCAGGUUCAGUAUCCAAGAGCACCCAGUUUGAAUACGCCUGGUGUCUGGUGCGAAGCAAAUACAAUGAUGACAUCCGUAAAGGCAUUUCACUGCUGGAGGAGCUGCUGCCCAAAGGGAGCAAAGAGGAACAGCGGGACUAUGUCUUCUACCUGGCUGUGGGGAACUAUCGGCUCAAGGAAUAUGAAAAGGCCCUAAGGUAUGUGCGAGGGCUGCUGCAGACAGAACCCCAGAACAACCAGGCCAAGGAGCUGGAACAUCUCAUUGACAAGGCCAUGAAGAAAGAUGGACUGGUGGGCAUGGCCAUUGUUGGAGGCAUGGCCUUGGGUGUGGCAGGACUAGCUGGCCUCAUCGGACUUGCUGUAUCCAAGUCCAAAUCCUGAA